AUGAAGACUUCUUUCCUCGCUAUCUUCGCCGCCGUCGCCGGCCUUGCGAUUGCUGACAGCAUCGACGUCCCCGACUGCGCCAAGGGCUGCUUGAACGACGAUCUCCAGAAGGCCGGCUGCCAGCAAGACAACAUCAGCGACUGCGGCUACUGCCAGAAGGCCAAUGUAAACAGCCUGGUUUCCUGCGUCUCCAACAACUGCAAGGACCAAAACGAUCUGCUUAAGGCUGCCCAGGCUGCUCAGAAGGCUUGCCCCAACGGUGCCGGCAACGGCCAGUUCAACGGCAUUCCGGGGUUCAACAACGGUGGAGGUAACGGCGGAAACAAUGGUGGAGGCAACAACGGUGGCAACAAGGGCAACUAA